AUCAAAUUGGUUUGCGCGUUUGAAAAACUAUCAACCAAUCAACGCCCGAGGGUCAGAUCCUGACCCUGUCGUCAGCAUGAAAGUGAGAUUCGAGGCCAAGGUAACCAGAGGUUUUUCUCUCUCUCCUCGUCGCUUUCGCGACUCGUUGUCGCCGCUUCGCGGUUUGCUCUUGAUCUCUUUCGCGAAGAAAAAUCAAGAAAAACCUCUGGGACCAGGGUACAUGCAGAGUAAAUUGUAAAGAAAUAAUUUCCUCGUACACGUUAAAUUUUCUGCGUCCCCGCACAAGAUUUCGAUCGCUCUGCUUUUCGAUCGACGAAAAACACAGCACACAAUCGCACAUGUUUUGAUUUGUUUUGGUUAGAAAACCCCGCUUACAUAAAUCAUUUAAAUCACCGCAUACAUUAUCAGACCACAUUCGAUAACAGCCAAUCAGCGUUAGGUCAAACAAUGCGCACUGUGUGUCAGCCUAUCACAGCGUGUUCCCAAGAUCUUGGGAACCCAGCAGGACGCUGGAACACGAUUAGCGACGGCGUUACGCAGACGUCCCUUUUCCGCGUGCAACAAAGGAAAUAGGAGACGUCUGCACGCAGGCAACUUUUGACCAUAACUAGAUUAUAAGGGGAAAACUGCAUAAUUGCCUCAAACCCUUUCAUCUCCAUAGAGAGUGAAGUGGCAAAAAUUCCCUUUAGACCUUUUACUGUAAAUCCUCUAUUCAGCCUCCCUCUCCUUAGAGGACUACAACAAGACAACCAUGAAUGUACCACUUGCUUGGCACAAAAAUGUAUUGGUAAAAAUCAUGUAUAUGUUGGCAGUAGUCAGUGCGGCAUUUCUAGUAUGUCUCUCACUCUCUUUAGCCUUGUGCCAUGUAAUAUUGGCCUAAGCAUUCAGGAGGGGGUAUGGUAGAGGACUGACAGUACAAUUUGUUGUGUUUAUAUUAGGAAAAAACAUGCACUAAAUGAGCUUUGGCGUUUCUAGUAAAGGCCAAGAAAAUGCCGGUUUAAAAUUAGGCCAAGUUAUGGGUCAAGGAGUUGAAAUUAUAGAGGCAAUUAAAUAAUUGAGUCGAUGAGUCAUGAGUCAAGUGAAAAACUUCAAAUAUCUCGGAUUAACUGCUACUAUCUGCUUUAAACAAAUACUGGUACAUACAGUAAAUAUAGUGAGAAACCUGAAUAAACACUUCUUGAAGGGUGGUGGACAAAACACCGACCCACACUUCAUGCACAUACCCUAAAAUGGACUACACUGCUGAAGUUUAGUGAUUAGGGUUAGGAAACUGAGUGAAUGAAGUUUUAGGUCAGUUUCCCAGUAUAAGGACCCUAAAUGGAACCUGAUUCACUCAGUUUCCUAACCCUAAUCACUUAACUUCAGUGGCAUAGUCCAUUUUAGGGUAGUCAUUGGGCGUAGUUCAUGGAAUGGGGGUCAGUGUUUUGUCCACCACCUUCUUGAAGUCAGUGCUUAACCCUGCUUUCAAUGCCAAACCCUGACCUUAAACGAUUCAUAACUCAUCACUCAAUGACUUUAAUAUAACACUAACAACAACAACAAGCUUUCCCAGUUAUAAAAAAAUUUGCAAAAAACAAGUUUUAGCCGUUAGUUUUAAACACUAAUAGCUGUACAAAGUUUGACUCAAGCACAGAACGCGAGAACACUAUAUGUACAUGCAUUAAUAAAUUCCACGUUUAUUUCUCAUUACAAUGCCUGCGAGUUAUUUACCAAGCAUUCUCAAAACAGGGCAUAAUGGGCUUGGAUAAAACCUUUACUCUCCAAGAGUUUGUCUGAGUGGGAAAAAGAACAUUCAGGGGGAUAAAUAGGCAGGAUUAAGCGACGGUCUAAAGUAAACGGAGUAAUUCAGAAGUAAUGUGAGUGCCAGGUGUCUCGAAAACUAAGACCUAAGACCUUAUCAUAUUGUAAAUGAAACAGGUUGAAUAUCGAAAAAACAUACCACCUGCUCAAAACGUAAACGUAAAAUGGAAGUCUGAUUUGCAAUUUCGUCCCCACCUGAUUCAACCAAGACACGAAUUCCUUUCUUUGUCUUCUUCUUUCUCUCUCCACAGGUAGCCCAAGCUGACUAUGAGAGCCCUGAACAACAUUAUCCUACUUUGCUAAUUAAUUAUUCAUACAGCAAGAAAAUUAUAAGACGUUGUAUGGAGAAAUAUUCUUUGCUCACUAAAUUAGCAAAAUGUACAUUGAAUAUCGCUUUGAAGCUCACCUUUAGCGUCUUCUUGUUUUUCUUUGUAUUCUGACUGCAUUUCAGACCUCCUAGGCACCGUUUAAGGCCUUUUUUGGAGCGACAGUUUUUCACCCAGAUGACAGUAGAAAGAAGAGAAGAGAAGGUUGGAAAACCUCUCUUGACCGGCUCCGCGGCGAUAAAUUCCGUGACAUUUGCGACAUGGAGACAAUUCCGCCAGAAACAGAUGUCCUGAUAAAUAACGCACAUUUUCCAUCAUUCACAUCGCCAAAAUUCCCAUUUUGAAGGUCCUAAAUCGCCAACGAAGAGGGCAAUACACGGCUGAGGUUAGGCGAGUCGAGAGCAGACCCGCAACGGACUCCAACCGUCAAGUCGACAAUUUCAAACCGACGCGGGCUGGCAGGGUCAAAUUGUUCAACCGUCAAAGGACAAUUGGAGCAUUUAGCCUACUGGGCACAGUAACUGAUUUUUCACUUCUCACGUUGCACUCCGGGGUCGCAGAAGUCAAACAUCGCGUGUGAUAGUGACAUGUAAUAUCAAAACAUGUCGCGUUGUUGCAUUUGAUUGAUCUCCACUCUUCUUUUUUAAAAGCGGUUGAAAAAAAUAGGUAACAACUGUUUACAGCCGUAGUAAUUCUUAUUGCAAUAUUUUUUUCUAAAUCAUACAUAAAAAACCAUUGUCAAACGCUUUUUAAAAAGAAGAGUAGAGAUCAACCAAAUGCAACAACGCGACAUGUUUGGAUAUCACAUGUCACUAUCUGGGUGAAAAACUGUCGCUCCAAAAAAGGCCUUAAACAGUGCCUAGGAGGUCUGAAAUGCAGUCAGAAUACAAAGAAAAACAAGAAGACGCUAAAGGUAAGCUUCAAAGCGAUAUUCAAUGUACAUUUUGCUAAUUUAGUGAGCAAAGAAUAUUUCUCCAUACAACGUCUUAUAAUUUUCUUGCUGUAUGAAUAAUUAAUUAGCAAAGUAGGAUAAUGUUGUUCAGGGCUCUCAUAGUGAGCUUGGGCUACCUGUGCUCUCUCUCGUUUUUUGGACCGCCAUUUUUGGAUUUUUGUGGAGGUUUUCGCUGACAACUCGUUCCCCGACUUCCGUUCCCCGUUCCCCGUUCCCCGCUCCCCGCUCCCCGCUCCCCGUUCCUCGUUUUAGUAACAUCCCAUCUUGAAGCUUUUUAGAAUAAAAUAUGGCACCCUAGUAAAUUAAUAUCACAUCAACAUAAUGUGUAGGUGGUAUUUUUCUGUUUUUUUUUUUUUUUGACUGAAAUGAUGAUCUGGUCAGUCGUAAUUACGUCCUCUCUAAAAAAUAUCAGAAAUCAUUUUUAGUGCUGUGUCACUGUCAAAGUUAUUCAUCCGUUUAUCUUUUACGACCACUGGUUCAGGUGUUAUUGGGUUCAUGUUAAUGAUAUGUAUAUGAAGAAUUAGAAGUUAAAUCUGCUUUUUAAAUCUAGUUUUAAUCGAUGAAUCAUCUUUAUGAUGUUGAACAGUUAAAAUUGUCAUGUGUUUGUUGACUGCUUCAUGUCGUUUCGUUUUGUUUUUUACAUUUUUUUCUUUAGGAAGAUAAUUCAAAUCCACAAAAAGAUAAGGCAGCACAAUCUGCAUUCACGAAAAGGAAACUGCCCUUGAGCAGGUCCCAGAAGAAAAAGGAAAAAAAGAAAGAAAGGAAAAAAAGGAAAGAAGAAGAAGGAAGAAGAGAAGCAGCGCAGUGA